GAUAAGCAAAGUUAAAAAACAAAAACUUCAAAAUGGUUUUUAAAAUGUAUUUGAAUUUACUAAUUCUUGCUAUAACAGCAACUAGUUAUGUUUCUACCCGAUCUAUAAGCCCAAUGGAAGACAUGGAAGUGGACGUGAAUAUGCCGAUGGGAAUGAUCUCAAAUGUAAUGAGUGGUAGCAACGCUUUUGCUGGUUCCAACGCAAUUACAGAGACUGGAGGAAGUGACGGAAAUUCAGGUGCCGCAUCCGCAGCUAGUGCCGCUGCAGGAGCAACGACCAAUGACGGAUCUAAUGGAGACAAUGAAAACGAUGGAGACGAUGGCGGCUUAGGUUAUGAAAACAAUGAAUCAACUGCAGAAACAACAGCAGAUGCAUCAGCUGGAAAUGCAAACAACGCAAACGCAGAAAAUUCUCAAAACGUUGCAAACGAAUCGCAAGCUGAAACUGGUAAUCAAGCUGAUAACAAUGAAGGCAGCGUCGAUAAUGGAAGUAAUGAAAGAUCAAAUGCAGCAACAGGUUCAUCAUCAGACGGUGAAAAUAACAACGGAGGAAACGAUUACGGCAAAAAUGAUAACGGUUCAGGAUCAAGAGCCGCAACAUCAUCUUCAGCAGCAUCAAAAGGAGGCUCAUCUAACGGCAGCGAUAACAACGGAGGAAACAACGGUUCAGGAUCAAGUGCAGCAGCAUCAUCUUCAGCAGCAUCAUCAGCAGGUUCAUCAUCUUCAGAAGGAACUGACAACGGUAGCGAUAACAACGAAGGAAACAACGGUUCAGGAUCAAGUGCAGCAGCAUCAUCUUCAGCAGCAUCGUCAGCAGGUUCAUCAUCUUCAGAAGCAUCUGACAACGGUAGCGAUAACAACGGAGGAAACAACGGUUCAGGAUCAAGUGCAGCAGCAUCAUCUUCAGCAGCAUCAUCAGCAGGUUCAUCAUCUUCAGAAGGAACUGACAACGGUAGCGAUAACAACGGAGGAAACAACGGUUCAGGAUCAAGUGCAGCAGCAUCAUCUUCAGCAGCAUCGUCAGCAGGUUCAUCAUCUUCAGAAGCAUCUGACAACGGUAGCGAUAACAACGGAGGAAACAACGGUUCAGGAUCAAGUGCAGCAGCAUCAUCUUCAGCAGCAUCAUCAGCAGGUUCAUCUAACGGCAGCGAUAACAACGGAGGAAACAACGGUUCAGGAUCAAGUGCAGCAGCAUCAUCUUCAGCAGCAUCGUCAGCAGGUUCAUCAUCUUCAGAAGGAUCUGACAACGGUAGCGAUAACAACAAUGGUAACAAUGGAUCAUCAAGCUCAGCAGCAUCAUCAGCCGCAGCAGCCUCAGGUGCAUCUUCAAACGGAAGCGAUAACAACGGAGGAAAUAAUGGUAACAAUGGAUCAUCAAGCUCAGCAGCAUCAUCAGCCGCAGCAGCCUCAGGUGCAUCUUCAAACGGAAGCGAUAACAACGGAGGAAAUAAUGGUAACAAUGGAUCAUCAAGCUCAGCAGCAUCAUCAGCCGCAGCAGCCUCAGGUGCAUCUUCAAACGGAAGCGAUAACAACGGAGGAAAUAAUGGUAACAAUGGAUCAUCAAGCUCAGCAGCAUCAUCAGCCGCAGCAGCCUCAGGUGCAUCUUCAAACGGAAGCGAUAACAACGGAGGAAAUAAUGGUAACGGUUCAGGAUCAAGUGCCGCAACAUCAGCAGCAGCAGCAACUUCAGGUGCAUCUUCAAACGGAAGCAAUAACAACGGAGGAAAUAAUGGUAACAAUGCAUCAUCAAGCUCAGCAGCGUCAGGAGGAACUUCAAAUGGUAGUGGUAACAAAGUGAACAAUACAGGAUCAAGUGCUGGUUCAGCAACAGGAUCUAAUAAAAAUAAAGGAAAUGGACAAAAUAAUCACGGCAGUGCAAGUUCAAGUGGAGCGGCAACAGGUGGAGCCGGCAAUGGAAACGCCAAGAAAAGUGGCAAACAAGGAAACAGUCAAGGUAAUUCAGCAGCAGCCUCAGCUGCAGCAAGCUCAGCAUCCGGAAAUGGCUCAAAACCUGGUAAAAGUCCAGUUAAGCAAGGAAUUAUUCCAGCCAUGAUGUCUAAAAUUCCUAUGAAAGUUUCUUUGAUGUUCUAAAUUUGUAAUGAAUUAUUACGCUUAUAUGUUUUAUGAUCAUAUAUUCAGAAAUAAAGAGAAUUUAGUCUAAAA